ACAAUAACAAUUCUAAAGUUUACAUAGUGAGUUGGGAAACAGGGUUAAUUGUUGUAAGUUUGCAAAUUCCAGCAAUUACAUAUGAACAAUGCGAUCAAUAUUGAACUGUGAAUUCCAUGAUUGUUUGGUGGAUUUGGGGCCUCUAUCUCACUAAACAUCAUAGGUUCAAAGGUGACAUUCAUAUCUAUAGUAAAGUGAAACAUGAAAUUGCAGCUAUCGAAAUCAUUGAGCCACUUCCAGAGAUGAUAACCCUUGUCGAGAAUACGGGCGGGAGGCUCAAGAAGAUCAUGAAAUUAACUGACACAUAUUUGUUACUGUUUGCCAUUACUCUACUGAAGAUGAAUGAUGACGCUGGAGGUUCUUCACCUAUGGAGCUCGAUUCGACGGUUACAAAUGACGAUGGCGUUGCUAGAGUUUAUGAAAAUGAUGAGACUUCUAAGCUUAAAGAAGAAGAAGAAGAUGAUGAUUGCUCUGAGGAUCAAUCUAGUGAGCUUGGUUCUGAAACUGAUGAGAAAGAAUUGGAUUUGGAGUUGAAGGAAGAGAAACGAGGAGUUUCUAAUUACAAAUCUCUCUUAUAUGAGUUUGAUGAUUAUGUUGCGAGUGAGAAAAUGGGUCAUGGAGUUUCAAGGGCAUUGAGUUAUGGGUUUGAAGUUGGAGAUUUGGUUUGGGUAAGGAUUGAUCAUGUUCUUGUUGCGUUUUUCGGAGGUAGUAGUUAUGGUUGGUUUGAUUCUGCUGAGCUUAUUCCUCUCGAACCAAAUUUAGAGGAGAAAUCGCAGCAGACUGUUUCGAAGCAUUUUGUGAGAGGUGUGGAAGAAGCCAUGGAUGAGGCGAAGAAGCCAUGGAUGAGGCGAUCAAGUAGAAUGUCAGCUCUUGGUUACACAUUAAUAUAAAUAUUACUAUGUUCAAACAAAUGUUAUUCGAAUAU